GGGUGCUAUAAAUAUGACUGAACACUCCCAUUCUUUUCUUGUGAGCCCUCACACAGUUUCAGAGUGGAACCUUCAGUACUCUACAGUUCACUCUGCUACUACUCUGCAUAUAAAUCAAAUCCCUCUUUCUUUUUGUUAUUUCUCUGCAUUCUCUUCAGCUACUACACCAAUGGUGAACAUGUCUGGGAUCUUGGCAUUUUUUGUUGGUCUUGUUAUGGUGGGGUUGGUUUCCUCUGCCAAGUUUGAUGAACUCUUCCAGUCUAGCUGGGCUCUUGACCAUUUCAUCCAUGAAGGAGAACAAAUCAAACUCCAACUUGACAAAUAUUCUGGUGCGGGAUUUGAAUCAAAGAAAAAGUACAUGUUUGGUAGAGUGAGCCUUAAUCUUAAGCUUGUGGAGGGUGACUCUGCUGGAACUGUUACUGCUUUCUAUAUGUCAUCAGAGGGAGCAAAUCACAAUGAAUUCGAUUUCGAGUUUCUGGGAAACACCACAGGUGAACCUUACUCAGUCCAGACCAACGUUUAUGUGAACGGAGUUGGUAACAGAGAGCAGAGACUCAACCUCUGGUUCGAUCCCACCAAGGAGUUCCACUCCUACUCAAUCUUCUGGAACCAGCGCCAAGUUGUGUUCCUUGUCGACGAGACUCCAAUCAGGGUUCACAUGAAUCUGGAACACAAGGGAAUUCCAUUCCCAAAGGACCAAGCCAUGGGGGUGUACAGCUCGCUGUGGAAUGCUGAUGAUUGGGCUACACAAGGGGGGCGCGUGAAGACAGAUUGGAGCCAUGCACCGUUUGUUGCUACCUACAAGGAUUUUGAGAUCAAUGCUUGUGAGUGUCCGGUGCCGGUGACGGCGGCGGAGAAUGCGAAGAGGUGUAGCAGCAGUGAGGAUAAGAGUUAUUGGUGGGAUGAGCCAACGAUGUCGGAGCUGAGCUUGCACCAGAGCCACCAGCUCUUGUGGGUUAGGGCGAACCAUAUGGUGUAUGAUUAUUGUAGUGACACUGCUAGGUUUCCGGUCACGCCUGCUGAGUGUGUCCACCACCGUCAUUAGUAGUGAGAAGAGUGUGAGAUUAGGAAGGGGAAGACAAUGAUGAGUGAACUGAGAGAACUAGGAAAUGAACAUGUGCUUCAUGUUUCAAUCACGAUGUAACAUAUUUUUUUUUUGCUAAUGCAUUAUGUUAAUUCUUUUUUUGUUCA